UGCUUCCACUAAUCGGAGCAGCAAGUGGAUAAUAAACUUGGAUCAGCCCAGUGACUGGCGCUAAGGGUGAAAAAGCUUAGUCGUGGGUGCAGGAAGGGGUGGUAAAUUGAAGGAUUGGGUCACUCGUGUUCUUCUGCAGGAGUUCUGCAGUCUGAGUCUGACAGCUGAUAACAUUAUCUGGAUGCAUUAAUGGACAGGGACUGGCAUCCUGCGGACAAGGCUCCUGCUGCAUGUUUCCGCGUCUACAGCUGCAACAUUAUCAUCAGGUCGGGAGAAAGACGGUCUCCGAUGGACAUCCUGGUCCAACAUGUGAUAGACGGGACGAGGAUAGGAUCAACGAGGAGUUUGCUGCAUGUGGUGGUGGUGAUAGAGUUGGAUGGUGCGAUCCGGCGUAGAGACGGAGCUCCCGGCGCGGGAUUUACGCGCGGGACCGUCGGGGUGCAAUUCUCAAUUCUCCCAGGUUUCGCCGGCAGUUGGGGAUCUCUCACCGAUGGGUUGACAGGACAUCCCAUCAGCCUGAUGGUUUGGGUCUUUGGCCCGUUUGGCCCGUUGUGCCCGUUGGGGUCCGAUAGCAUCCUGUGGGUGACCAAAUUCGACGUUCUGACGGGGCCAUUCCUUGGGGAAAUUCUAGGGUGUUGCCGUGGGUCAUGUGAUCUCAUGGUUCCUCACAGCAUCGCAGCACCUGAGGCGGUACGGUAGAGGGUCAUCGAGUUGUUCAAAGGCAUCAUAAUUGCUCAAAGUACUACUUGUUGUUAUAAGAGUCCCAGGAGGAUUGUUGGUCAUUCGAGGUGCUUACAACUUUGGGGGCAUAAAAGCUAGCCGUUCGAGAUAUAUAUAUCCGCUCCUUUUAUAGAUAGAUCAGAUGUAUCCGUCGAUCAUAAGUGUAACAGCG